CAAAUUGCUAGAAUGGAAUUGCUAGUUUUAUGCUCGUUCAAUAUUAGCGAAACUUUCAAAGACGUGUUUAAUAUUUUGUUUUGCAUAUGAUUUUAUUUGAUUUCACAUUGUUAAUAAAGUAUUUUAUUGUACGUUCCAGUAGAUUUUGUCGAACGACGUGUUCGCACUAAUAUUAUCGUUUCGAUUGUCUUAAGAUUCCGGAGUGUUAAUUGCGUAAAAUAAUGGAUAAGAAAUCAUCUGACAAUGGCGAUUCGAUACCGAACGAUGCAAAUAACUUCAAAAAGUCCAGUAAAGAACGAAGAGAAGAAUAUUUUAACCACUUACGUUCAUGGUUAGCCACUGUGAACAGUUAUCAGGUAUUUUACAAUCAUUUGCAAAAGGAGACAUUGCAAAGUAUUCAACAACCGAAGCCGCCAAAGAUUGCAACGCCUCACCAGAACGUACCUCGACAAGCAUCUGCUCAGCAAACGGAGGUCGAUCGCAAUCAUUAUUUUAAUGGUUACACGUGUCGAGUACCAUCAUUGUGGAAGCGUCUUGCAGCAGAGUUUAUUGAUUUCAUUUUGUUAAGUCUGGUUAAAUUCCUGGUUGCUUAUUUGGCUAUUGAUUCUUUGGAAAUAAACUUCACAAAAUAUAACAGUAUCAUAAUGCAAGAUGACUUUAACGUGGAUUACGAUACAGCAGUAGAAAUGACAUCUGAGCUAUUAUUUCUUGAAGUUACUCAUCGACUAGUGGUUUGCUUAUACGAGAUAUAUUGGUUGCAAAGUGGAAAUUCAUUCGAAGGUGGAGCGACGAUUGGUAAAAUGCUGUUAAACAUAACGGUUGUAAACGCCGAGAAAAUUUACCAUUUACGAGGUCAGCCACCUCAUGUCAUUGUGUUGUCGCCUGGCGGCGAUUUGGGUUGGCAACAAGCGCUAUUGCGGUCGUUAACUAAAAAUUUUAUUUUCGCGUUUUUGUUUCCGCUGCCUUUUAUUAGUGCCACAGCCAAUCAAAACAGAUGUGCUUACGAUAUCAUAUGCAAUUCUAUGGUAGUAGAAUGUGUAAUACCGUUACGGUGUGAACGUUCAGAACUUCAACCCAUCACAUAAGUAACUCUCACAAAAUAAAUUGUUCCUAACUGUUUGUAUGACUAAUUAUAUCGUUUCAUCGUUUUUUCUAUGUAUUCUUUACCGUUUUCUUGCUACAAAAAUGCAAUUACAGUUUUAAAUUUGCUAAUUACAAGUAUAAACCAUUGGCGUGAGUUAUUUGAUGUGAUUUAUUUCAUAUUAGUAUACUGUUAUAAUCACAUAAAAUAUAUUGUAGAACUAUAAUUUAUAACCAAGGCCACUACGGCCAUAAAGUUAAAUAAAACUCCUAAUUUGUUAUCUUAAGAUUUAAUAUUAAAAUAAAAAAAUUAAAAUUUUGUUUUUUUAUCGACAACUGUUUAAAUUAUUUGUGGUAGAAUAAUUUUCUAUAAAGGAAUAAUUUUAAUACUGGUGCAUUAUGUAUUAUACUACUUGUACUGUCGUCAUUUCAGUCACAAAAAAUACGUAAAUGUAAAAAAAUUUGUCACAUAUUAGAAAAAAAAUGUUUUCUUUUUAAUCAAUAGCCACUUUUUUCUUUCUAUCAUUUUUUACCAUUAUUUUGAUAUAAUUAAUAUUUUUUCAAAAAUAAUGACUUAGAAUUUGUUCUAAACCCUCAUUAUUUUUAAUAAUUUACUCUAUUGAUAUUAUUAGCUAUUGUUUUUAUUAUUAGUUAUUUACUAAUUAUUGUUGUAUCGGUUUAGUUGCUUACCAAAAGGGGCGUAUUUAUAUUAUCACAUUUAAAUUUAAUAAC